AUGCCGUCCCCACCGAAAAGCCCAACAAUAGGGAUCCGCUACAUCUCAGACGCGGUCAAGAGCGACCACCGCCUGCUCGAGCGCCUCCUCGCCAGGCUGAUGACCCCGCCGUCCCCGUCGCCAUCCCCAUCACCAUCACCAUCACCAUCAUCACCUACCACCACAGCAACCACAACCACACCAAGCAACCCCCCAAAAGACGGCCACCACCACCACCACCAGCGCGCCGCCCUCGCCUCCCGCCUCGCAUGGGAGCUAGCCCGCCACCUGGUAGCAAUGGAACUCUUCAUCUACCCAGGGACAGCCACCCGCGCGGCGCAGGGCAACGCCACGGCGCAGCAGAGGCAGCGGGACCUGGCGCUGCUGCGGGGGGAGGUGCGGGCGCUCUCUUCUGCCGCGGCGGCCCCCGCCUCCCCCUCUAAUAAAGAUCCCAGCGGCGGGGGCGAGAAGAAGCUCAACGCCGCCCUGGACGCGGUGGCGGCGCGCCUGCUGGGCCCCGGGCGGCACAUCCGGGACGUGGAGAGGGUGGACCUCGUGAACAUCGAGAGCGUGCUCAGCGCGCGGGAGAGCGAGGACAUGGCGGUGGAUUUUGAGCGGACUUUGGGGUUUAUUCCUUUUGGGGUGCGGGAUGAUGGGGGGGAGGUCGUGGAGGAUGGGGAGGAUGGGUUCGGGGUUGUCAAGGCGCCGUAUGGGAGCGUUGAGGGGCUGCUUGAUGCUGGUCCUGGGGAGCUGAGGGCUGCUUUGGGGAGGUUGCCGAGGGGGUGA